AUGAAGGAAAAUAACGGAGAAGACGACGACGAUAAAAGAAGAGAGAGGAUCGAAUGCGAUGAUGAGUUCGAUGAAUUCGACGAGGAAGAUGAUGAGGACGACGAGAGCGAGGAAGAGGAGGAAAGAGAAAAACAACACAGACGACCACGCGAGAAUAAUAACAAUAAGAGAGAAAAAGGAGGACGACGAGGACGAUAUGCAGACUUUGACGAGGAAGAGGAGAAUUUCCAACCUUUGCCGCCUCCAAGAGAAACUUUGCUCGAAACGGAGCGCGUUUUAAAACGAGCGACGAAAGAACAGUUGUCGAGCUCGAUGACCGGGGAAAUGCCCGCGAAAGAACAGAUGGAGAAGUUAGAGCGAGCGCUGCAGAAAUGCGUGCAGAUGCAAAAAGCAACCGCGUCGGACGACGUGAAACGAGAGCGGUUGUUGAAGAAGCUCGAGACGGUGUUGACGGCGAGAUUCGACGCGGUGACGAUCGAUCCGUUCGGGUCGUUUGUGAGCGCGUUUCACACGAAGAAUUCGGAUAUAGACGUGUCGUUGACGAUUCAUCCGUCCUCGCAGUGGUAUAACGAGGAAGAGGAGAGGAAGUAUAGAGACGCGCAGAGUGGCGCGCCCAGGCCGAGAGCGCAAAGGAGGCAGCAUAGGACGAAAAGGGUACAGUUGUUGGCGAAGUUUGCCAGCGAAUUGAGAUGGAGAAAGUACGACGACGUGCAGUUGAUCGCGCACGCGAGAGUGCCAUUGGUGAAGUUUCGAGAUCCAGAAACUGGGGUAGCGUGCGACGUGUGCGUCCAUAACGACGGGGUGUACAAAUCGGCGGUGUUGGGUUUCGUGGCGGACCACGAUCGAUUGUAUCGAGAUUUAGUUUUUUGCGUCAAGAUGUGGGCCAAGAAUUGGAACGUGAACGAUGCGAUAAACGGGACGUUUAACUCGUAUUCGUUGUGUCUGUUAGCGUUGUUUACUCUCCAAAGACACGGAAUAUGCCCGCCAAUGGCGAAUAUAACGUUGCCGGACGAGGAAUCUUUGGAAAAAGAGAUGCAACGAGUACAAAACGAAUGCGAAGAAACGAAAGAGUUGGGGAAACCGAGAGAAGUAUCGCACGAGAGGAAACGAGCGGACGCGCAAAGGAACCCGCACGCGAUAAAGCCGAAAGCAGAUAAAUAUCACUCGUACAGCUCGGGAAACCAGAAGACGUUGGCGGAACUCUUCGUGGACUUUUUCGUCACGCUGAGCGCGGUAGAGCCGCUGUGGGCGAAAGGAUUAGUCGCGUCCACGUACGCCGGAAGAUGGACGUGCGGGUGUUCCUGGCCACUGCGUAAAUAUAAAAUUGGCGUAGAAGACCCGUUCGCGAGUGGAGAUAACGUUGCGAGAGCGGUACAAAGACGCUCGGCGCCGGUUGUUUUUGGCGCCAUUCGCGGCGCGGCGAUGACCGUGAAACGCAUUUUAUGGGCAGAAAACGACGAACAGUUUGAAAUGGCGAUGAUGGAUAUGCUCGGAGACCCGGAGCGAGUGCACGAAAAAAACGUGCACUCGAACAAUAACAGAUUUCCACCGUCUGGAACUGGUGGCAGGGGUGCAAGAGAACGACGCGAAACGAGACGCGCGGCGCAGCGCGCGACGGACAACACUUUGACUCAACCGCCCCCGAUACCUUUACAACCACCCAUGCCGAUGUCGCAACCACCGCCGCCGCUCCCGAUGAUGGGACAUCAACAGCAACAUCAAAAUAUGCCUCCGCGUCUACCGACAAUGCCUAGAAACGGCGUAAAUCCUCCCGCUGGUUUACAACCGACUCCACCAGGUAUGUCACCUCCGCUACCGCUCAAUCAAGUUCAACAUCAGCAACAACAACAUCAAAGAGAGAGUAAUUUGCUCGCACAAAUGCAAAGCAUGAACAUGAACAUGAACGGGCAUCAAAUGCAACAGCAACAGCAACACAUUACAAAAUCUAUCGCCGAGCUCGAGCAGUCUGUUAUUCAACAAGCGCAACAGCGUCAACAAUUACAGCAGCAAGAACAAAUGUUGAUGCGUCAGCAGCAGCAGCGACAACAACUGCAAAAUAGCGGUGGGUUCGGAGACGAACUUGGCGGCGGUAUCUUUUCGAGCAUCGCGAAGAAUACGCACUCGUUCGGGUUUGGUGCUUCACCACUACCAACGACUCAGCAACAACAACAGCAGCAACAGCCACCACCGUUACAGCAAGCUCUGUUUGGAGGUAGCGGUGGGUCUUCGCAGGGGAGCGGGUUAGAUAUUUUCGGUAAUCCGAUGCCUCAAAACUUCAACUCGGCCUUCGAGGGAUUACGCAAUAGCAAUAAUAACGAAAGCGUAACAAAAAUAUUUGAGCGAGAACAACAACAACAACAACAACAACAACAACAACAACAACGAGAAGAAUCUAACGUUUUCACCGACGAUAACGAUUCUCCGAACGGCCUCAACGAAUCGCCUCGGAAUCGCGAAUCGCGCAACGCCUUUCGAAGAGGAGGACGCGGAAAAAAUUCGUCAGGAUUGCGCGCGAAGAAACACGAACAUCUGAAUGGCGACUUUGAGGGCGGUGUAAAGUCUUUCCCGCAGCCGCGACAAUAA